AUGGACGUCACACACGAGAACCCAGUCCCAGUGCAGGAAGAUACCGUCAUGGAUGCAACACACGUCUCUGCUCACCAAGUCGAAUCACAGGCAACCGCCCACCCCACCCUUCACGAUACAGCGGCCGUCAGCACUGGCAUGGACGUCGAUAGUCAUAUGGGCGAUGCCAUCGCAGGAUCCUCAAUAGAGCCUACUCUGAUGCAUACCGAGACCCAGCAGGCGCCACAGUCGAUACCCCAGCAACCAACCGUGGAGCCUACUGUCGAAGCAUCCGCUGCUGUCGAGACGACAUCUAUGAUGGACACAAGCAACCUUGAGGAUCGAUUAGAUGCCGUGAUUGCCGGUGGAGACGACAAGUCUGACGGUUACGAAUCAAGCGAUUUGGAGUCCAGCGGAGAUGACGAUGACGAGCCUGACUCGUCUGAUUCAGACUCGGACUCAGACUCGGAUGGACAUGCACGUCCAAAGUCGGCUCUUACACUGGAACAACGCGAGAGGGCCUUGAUCGAGAUUGAGGCAAUGGACGACGACGAGGAAGCCUCACCAAACAUCAUUCUGCAUACCACCAACGAGAUCCUGGAGCUGCCUAAAGUCGAAAAGCCAAAUAUCGAACUGGGAGCGGAUGUCGUCUUGACGCCUUUCGGCUCUGUCAUGUCCCUCGUUGACAAUGUGGUGGUAGUUCAAGCACACUCGAGUGGAGAAGUCAGUGUCCUGGAUUCUGGAACUAUCACCGCUGUUGUGACUCCUGCAGAGGGCGAUCAGGAAGCUGUCAGAGAGGUUCUGGGCGAGAUUUUCGAGACUUUUGGACCCGUGGCACGCCCUCUCUAUUCGAUCCGAUUCAACACAUCAUCAGAGAUUCCAUCACAGUGCAAGGUUGGCAGCACAGUUUACUCGAUCCCAGCAUACAGUUCUAUCGUCAUGACAGGUCCUCUCAAGGCAAUGAAAGGAAGUGACGCCAGUAACAAGUUUGACGAGGAGGUGGAUGAUGUUGAACUGGAGUUCUCUGACGAUGAGAAGGAGAUGGAGCACAAGCGGAUGCUCAAGUCUGCUAAGAACAAGAAGCGAGGAGGCGCAAAGGACCGGAAACCUCCUCAAAUGUCUAGCGACACCGCGGCAGCGUAUCAGUCACAAGGACCUUCUUCCAACUCUGCACCACGUCAGAUCAUCGCUCUGCCACCACGACCCGUGUUUGAUGAGCCAGAGGACGGCUACAGGAUCUUGCAGCGGCCUGGAGUGAUGGCUCGUCCUAGCCUUGCUCAAUCCGCUUCGGCAGGCACAGGGACCGUACCCUGGUAUCAGCAACAGCAGCGGGAGCUCCAGGACAUGGUGGGCACCAACCCCAACGCACAUCAGCAACAACAGCAACAAAACCGUCAGCAGCAGCAGUUCCAGCAACAGCAACAGUUGCAGCAGCAGCUCCUGUUACAACAGCAACAACAGCAACAGCUCUUUGAGCAGCAAAAACAACAGCAAGCUCUUUAUCAACAGCAGAUCCAGGAGGCUCAGGCUACGAUAUCGAGACUUCAACAGCAGCAGCAGCAGUUGCAGCAGCAAUCACAACAGACCACGGCAGCCCCUUCGCAGGCGUUCGAUUUCAGGGCUCGUCAACAGCUCGACACAUCUUACGCCCCAUCGAAUCCUUCAUUCAACCCUCAAGUUUAUCAGCCACAAGUAGCCCCAUCCUUCCAGCCCCAGGAUCCUGCUCAAAGCAACCAAGAGCCCAACCUCCAAAGUAUGCUGUCGCCAUUAUUCCCUCAGCAACAGCAGCAGAACGACCAGAGCCCUCCACAAUAG